GAGUUUCUGACGUAGUGGUUCACAAAGAGGAAGAGGAGCUUCUUACUGACUGUCAAACUGCUGUUGGUCUUCUUUCAUCCAGCUGCAGAAUGGAGGGAACAUCUGUCCACAGGCUGCUGGCUCUGAUCUCUCUGCUGAGCUGCUCAACAAACCAAGCUGGUCUGACUGUGAGUCCCAGCAGAUCUCAGUUCUUUAAAGGAGACUCUGUGUCUCUGAGCUGUGAGGAGGACAACAUCUCUGCUGGAUGGACUGUGAGGAGAAACACAACCAAACGUCAGUCUGAGUGUAAAGAUGGAUGGGGAGAACCUGAUGGUCUGACCUGUAAGAUGACCUACAUGGAAACAGAUGAUACUGGAGUGUACUGGUGUGAGUCCAGAGAGGGAGCAGCCAGCAGCAGCAUCAACCUCACUGUCUCUGGUGGAUCAGUGAUCCUGCAGAGUCCUGUCCUCCCUGUGAUGGAGGGAGAUGACGUCACUCUGAGCUGUCAAACAAAGACUCCCUCCAACCUCCCAGCUGCUUUCAUUAAAGAUGGCUCCCUCAUCAGGACUGAGCCUGCAGGUCACAUGACCCUCCACCAUGUGACCAGCUCUGAUGAAGGCCUCUACAAGUGUAACAUCAGUGGUGAUGGAGAGUCUCCAUCCAGCUGGAUCUCUGUCUCAGCUGAAAAACUUACAGCCGUAACGCCUCCUACUAAAGAAACCACAGCCUCCUUUCUACCUCCAUUCUCUCUGUCAGCCUCCCUUAAAGCCAGACUGGUCUUCCACCUGGUGGUGUUCACUCCAUACUUCAUCUCCACUCUCCUCAUGGUGUCUUUAUAUCGACUCAGAGCAACAGGAAGUGACCUGUCUGUUUCCACGGUGAUGACUCCACCCUCCCAGGCUGAGCCGACAUUGGUUGAUGAUUAUGAUGAUGUCACCACAGAGCAUCAUUUCUGAACUAAAUACAUUUUCUCAUCUUGUUCAGCUCCUGCUGUUUUAUUCCUCCUUUUUUACAUGAAAAUAAUUAUAAUUUCUAAACCCUCAUAACUAAAUAGAUAAAUAAACGAGUUAAACUGA